AGCACACUGUUGGUUAGCUAGAAAACAUAUCGACCAAAAACGUCUCCAACGUUACCGGAAAUGGCCACUAGUCAGGCAUGGAGGUUAAAACGCUAUGCGCGUUUCCGUCGAGGCUCUGCAGGAGGAAAGCCUUGGAAGAUAUUUGAGGCAAAUGGCAACAAGCAAAUGUUCCUCACAGUUGUGGAAUCUGGAUACUUGCUGGUAUUGCAAGGACAGGACAGCUUGGAUACAAUCCCUUUGCUCUGUGGAUCCGAUUUUCUCAAAGUACACCAGAAAUCUGAUAACCUGAUGUUUCGAUAUACUGUGAUGGGAGAGAGCCGCAUGAUGAGGAUGCAGUUUGAUGGAAGUAGCAGGGCCGAGGCAAUUAAGGAGUGUUCAAGUGCUGUGGAAAAACUGAUGGAGUACACGUCUGUCACCACUCUGGAUGACACCCCAUUGCCCCCCAUUCAGUCCCCCGCUGAGGCCUCUGCACCAGUGAUACAGCAGACUUGUCAGGGAAAGGCUGUGGAAGUUGAUCCCGAGGCUGUCCAAGGAUCAUUGUCCAUCAAGCGUCUUACCCAGCACAUGUUGGGAGAGACUGCUGUGACUCUACCUCAAGUAUAUCGCCACGGCUCUUUGGCACAAGGUGACUUGGGGCCCGUCCUGCGUAUGUGUCUGCUGGAUCCCAGCUUUCCUGCAUUCGUGGAGAAAGUGGAAGGGGAGCUGAGGAAACUGCUUCAAGAGUGACGAAUCUCAACAAACGCUGAAGGCAGAAAGGUCAAUACAGGGUGAUUUUGGUAUAGUUCGUGUAGGCGGUGCCUCUUGGCGUUGGAAUGUUUCUUGCUUGUUUAAAAUGUUACACUUUGGUUGUUAUUGUGUAUAUGUGGCCUGAAGAUGAUGGUUUGGAAUGUAGGUGAUUAAAGGA